AUGUCUACUAAGCUUGGAUACUUAUGCGAACGUUAUAAUUAUCGAUAUUGCAGGCUCGCUCAUAUCAUAGAAAAUUCAGGCUGUCUGUACGAAACAAUUGGACAGGGACCGUCAAUUUUAAGCGUAAUUGCAUUGAUCCUCGGUUUAAUCGUUUGCUUCUUCUUCGUAUUAUUCAACAGUUCAUUUAAAGAAUGGCCUACUAAAUGGGAAAAUCAACGACCAACUCGCGGUGCGAUUAUGUGGAAAGCUCAUUUUUUCAUUCUCGGCAUUUACGCAUUCUUCUGGGGCUUAAGUGAAUCAGUUGCUCCAAACGAUGGCAGUGGACUUCGUGCCCUUCUUGCAUUAAGAAUGGUAUCCUUAGUUGCAGGCGAAACAAUGCUAUUUUGCAUCGCCCUUCUAGAUACACAACUUAUUCCAGCAACCACUACAACAACAAUCGCUACAAUUGUCAUUUCAUCCCUUAUUGGAUUAUUAUCCUUAAUCAACCUUUCCAAGAACAUUGCAGAAUCAUUAAUUGCAGUAUUUGGUCUCGGCUUACCAGUUGGCUUCAUAUACGCUCACUUCUUAAUGAUGGUUUGCGUUUGCUGCUUUAGAAAACUUUGGAAGGGUCUCUUCUGGGUUUUCUUGAUGGCCCUUACAAACUCAGCUCCAUUGUUCAUUGAAAUGACAUUGAACGAACCACUCUGCAGAGUUUCUGUCGGUUGGUUCCCAGCAUCUUGCUUCGGUAUUCUUAUUUUCGGUUUCUACCGUCUUGCUGCUACAGUUUUCUACCCAAUUCUCAAGAAGCACGAGGCCAAGGAUGGUCUUGGAAAUAACAGAAUUCAGAAAGGCCAAGCAUACGAUGAUGAGAACAUCCCAGCUCUCAUCGAUGGCGAUGACUAUGAAUACAGCUACACAUAUACAGAUGUUGAUGAUGAUCAAAGAUUGGACAUGUAA